GGAGGCUAAAAUUAAAAGCUGAGAGCAGGCGCCAGUGCCUGCAGCCAUGGCUUGUGCCCUCUGCUGCUUUGCCAGCCGUUUGGGGCCGGCCUCCUGGGUGGUGCCGGCAUCAGAGUGGAGAACAGACAAGUUCCCGCGCACCACCAAUGGAGCACUUCCAAGAAGAAUGUGCGCGCAGUUGCGUGAAGCGUAUGGCUGCGAACAGGUGACGGCACGCGCAGCAUCAGGGCAGCGGGAGCGUUUCAGAUGUCCUUUGCGACGAAAGGAAAGGCGGACUGCAGUCCAAAAAAAUGAAAGCCAAUCAAAACCAGCUUGUGUCAGAGCUAGCAACUCGGAAAACGAUGUGAGCAACGAUGCAGAAGCGGCGAGCGUGUCUGGGCGGCCCGUUGAAACCUCAGAGAGACCUAGUCAGGAGAGCUCGAGUCAGGCAAACGCUCGUCCGACAUCACUAACUGAGUUCAUAAUGUGGGGCGGGAACUUGCCUUCUCGGAGGCGAUUAUUUUACAGUGGCGUAACAGGUUUGGCGGUGACGCUGGGGGGAAAUCUGGGUGGUGUGACCAGUGGACUUUUGGGUCUCAAUCCUGAGGCCUCCCGGCAGUUGAAAUUGGACACCCUUUUCCCGGUGAAAGGGUUCAAGCGUUGCAUAGAAUCUGGACAGGGCUUUGAGUUCAUCUACCCAGCCGAGUGGCUUGGCGAUCAGCGCCUGUUGUACCGAGCAGUGGAGAGGGCCGAGCAGAGCCGUUCAUUGGACUUGCCACCUAUCCGGAGAAACGGCGGGCGCAAUCGUACGGAGCCUAUUGUAGCGUUCGGACCGGCGGCCGGCUCGGGAGAGCUGAACGUCAGUGUUGUGGUCGCCCCAAUCGCACCUGGAUUUAGAUUGCAAUCGCUGGGCAGUCCGGUUGAGGCCGGACAGAAGAUUCUCGACAACGUCAUAGCCCGUGAAGGAUCUGGGAAAACAGCGGACCUGCUGAAAGCGGACGCUACUCCAGAGGGCAAAUACUAUACACUAGAGUACACGGUACGUACCAGCGAGUGGUACCGACAUAACGUCAGCGUGUAUGCAACGCAAAACGACCAGCUUUAUUCAAUCAACGUCAUGUGUCCAGAGGCCGAAUGGGAGCGGAGGAAAGAGCAACUUCGGACCACGGCGGCGUCGUUCAGGGUCACCAAGUCGUUACCUGUGAACACGUUUGCCGAACGGCUGUGAGAGUAGUCUUGAGUGAAGGAUCCAAGUGCGCGGCGGGGGUCGGAGUCCCAACUCUACCGCACAUAUGUUUCCAAGUAACGAUCCGAUCCUGGACGUCGAAAAUAUCAUGUCGUGGUUUCAAGCUAACUCCUGGCAGUGCCACGGUAGUUUGGAU